AUGGACGCGUUUCGAGACGCAGCGCUGCUCUACUUACUUGUCGCCUCUUUUCUUUGGAAUAUGCCCUGUUUCCAGUCAGCGGUCAUCACGUCUCCCACUGUGCCAAGGAGAAGCAAGGGGACCAGGAGCCCUCACGCUGACGGACAACGGUCAAGCAAAUUUCUAAAAGAGAUCCUCGCCUCUUCUCCGGCUGCAAGCCAUCACCGAGAAGACCUAAAGGACGCUAUUGUGCCGCACGACUACAUGCUUUCCAUAUACAGGACGUAUUCCGCUGCGGAGAAGCUCGGACUUAACGCGAGCUUUUUCCGCUCCUCUAAAUCCGCCAACACCAUAACCAGUUUUGUGGACAGAGGAACAGACGAUCUUUUGCACUCUUCUUUGCGAAGACAGAAGUAUCUGUUUGACGUCUCGGCCCUUUCAGACAGAGAGGAGCUGGUCGGAGCGGAACUCAGGAUAUUUCGGAAAGCGGCCGCGGGUUUGCAGACGUCUCCGACGGGCCUGUAUGACAUGAAGCUAUUCCCCUGUCGCUCCGAGACUCUCCUGGACUCCAGGUCCCUGGAUCCUCUGGACUCCAGGAAACCCGGAUGGGAGGUGCUAGACGUGUGGGAAAUGCUUCAAGCCCAGCAGCACUCUGCGCAAGGGAGGCAGCAGCUUUGUCUCCAGCUCCGGGUCACGCUCGGCAAAUCCCAGACCGAGGUGGAGUUGAGGCAGCUGGGCUUCGACCGGAGCGGACGGGCCCAGCAAGAGAAAGCCAUCCUGGUGGUGUACACGCGGUCCAGGAAAAGGGAGAACCUUUUCAACGAAAUGAAGGAGAAGAUCAAGUCGGGGAAGAAGGAGGAGGAGGAUGAAGAGGAGGAGGAGGCGGAGGCGGAGAGAGGCCUCCGGUUGAAAGCCCGACGCCGACGGAGGACUGCUCUGAACAAUCGGCACGGAAAGAGACACGGCAAAAAGUCCAAAUCCCGGUGCAGCAAAAAGGCACUUCAUGUGAAUUUCAAAGAGCUGGGCUGGGACGACUGGAUCAUCGCGCCCCUGGAUUACGAGGCGUACCACUGCGAGGGCGUGUGUGACUUUCCGCUAAGGUCGCACCUAGAGCCCACAAAUCACGCCAUUAUCCAAACUCUAAUGAACUCUAUGGACCCGAACAGCACCCCGCCCAGCUGCUGUGUCCCCACCAAACUCAGUCCCAUCAGCAUCCUGUACAUCGACUCCGGCAAUAACGUCGUGUACAAGCAGUACGAGGACAUGGUGGUGGAGCAGUGCGGGUGCAGGUAGCGAGCGCCCCGUUCUCCUUACGAAACACGUGGAAGUCGUGAAAGACGAACAACUUUCUAUCAAAGACAAACUAGAUGGACCAAGUGGAAGAUAUUACAGUUUGACAAGCUUCUCCUCACAGGUAGAACAUGCUCAGUAAUGUGGUACGACUAGACCUCAUUCAACAGGGGCUUACACAGAGGAAAAAAAACACCCUAUUUAUUCAGUCAGUUGAAACAACACAAUCACAGUUAUUUACACUCCAUCUCUUAGAGUAUUACGCCUCCUUUUCCAGACAUGCAGAAAAAACCCUUCUCAACCCACAAAUAGGCUUUUGUUUUUUUCCCGUGCCCGGUGAAAGUCGUCUCUAUAUGCGGCAAGGAGAGUGCACGAGUGCGUGCAUGUGUGCGUGCCUGCGUGCGUGCGUGCAUGGGCGCAUCUUCGCC